AUGGUCCAUGGCCACGUGGCAAAAACCCCCCACAGUUCGAACAUAUACGUGCAGACGACAAUGGUCGACAUGUACGUGAAAUGCACCCAUUUGGAAUGCGCACACCAACUAUUUGAUGAAAUGCUCGUGAGGGACUUAGCUUCUUGGAAUGCUAUUAUCUCGGGUUUCGCUCGAGAUGGAUAUUUGGAAAAGGUCUCCUUGUUAUUUAGGAGGAUGAGGGUCGAUGACGGUGUUGUGCCAGAUUCAGUUACGGUCAUGGAUUUGACCCGAUUGGCGUCAGGGAUGAAACAUGCCAUGUUUUUGCACUCUGUUCAUUGUUUUGGGUUGAAUUCCGGGUUUGAAAAGGAUGUUUCGGUUGCUAAUACUUUUAUAUCUUGUUAUGCAAAGUGCGGCGAGUUCCGCUCGGUGGAGAGGAUUUUUCUCGGCAUAGGUUCGGGUACUCUUAGUGUCGUCUCGUGGAAUGCCGUAAUUGCGGGUUUUGCGAAUUUCGAGGAGCUGGACAAAGUCGUCCAGUUUUACUUAAAAAUUUUGAGGGAUGGCUACAAACCCGAUUUGAAUACGAUUCUUAAUUUGCUCUCGUCCUUUGCCAGUCCCGAAUUUUUAUCCCACGGUGUGGCCGUUCACGUGCACGUAGUGAAAUUAGGGUGUGAUGUGAACAUCCGCUUGCUUAACACGCUCGUCUCCAUGUACUCAAAGUGUAGAGAUAUUAACUCGGCUUGA